AUGAGUGGUGAACCAAAGAGCGUCUGGGAGGUCUGGACACGACGUGGAAUUAGCGCCGCUAGUGUUGCUACUUCCUUUGGCUUCUAUACAGCACGAAAAGGAACGCAAAUCGGGUUUGGAAUUGCACGUGGAGUCACAUCCACCGUCCUCACUGUUGGAUCAUCACUCUUGUCUCCUUUGACGCCAGCGCCUCUUGGUGCCGGCAUCGUCCUGGCCUCUGCAGUAACCUCGUCGCUGAACCUCAUAGAGCAGGCAGCGCUUCUACCUCUAGAUAUUGGACAAGCAAUCACCUCCACUUCCCUCACCAUUGCUUCAUCGUCCGUCGACGUCCUCACCUCGAUGCUCGGCAGCCACGAGGCGUCCUUCUCAUUAGCAGAGUUUGUCACGCUUGUCAAGAGAGAGUGGAACGACCCUGUUCUCAAAGAAAGGCUUCCUGCUGAUAAGGACAAGUAUGGUGUUAUACAAAUAGGAAAAGCACUCAUUGCAUGGGCGGCAUUGCAAUGUGCCACGAGGGGUUGGCACGAGAGUCGAUGGCGAGACAAUAUGCGAGAGAUUGGCAAUGAGGAAUGGACCGAAGUCACACCACCACCUGUUCCACCCAAGGACAUGAACGAGGACGAGCGAAGAGGUUUCUACAACUCGUUUUCCUAUCGAAGUCGCACUGCAAGUAUCUUAGCGCGAGGGUCUAGGAUCUGUGUACACGAAGACCUGAUGCUUCCCGAGCAAAGAGGGCAGGUCAUCAGUGCAGAAAUCGGAGAGAAGUGGGACAUUGGGGCUUACGCUCAGAGCGAAGCUAUCGAUGAACCUUCGAUACAAGCUCCUAAAUUGGGAGAUAUUCGCCUGAAUCUCAGACGACUAUCCAAACUUGUUCUUGGUUCAUACGGAGGCACUUCCCUACUCUUCUUCGGCAUUCCGUAUCCUGGAGGAGAAGCGGCGCCAAAGGAUCCUGUGAUUCCACCUGUUGCAACGACCACUGGCGCGCAGAUUGCCGAAGAAGCACUGGCUAUGGAAGAAACCGUCCUCGUCCAACUUGUCAAUGACGCAGAGGCAGAAGAGGUUUCUCAACGCCCAUCAACGCUACAUCAUACGAGAAGUCUCGCAGCCUCUGUGUCUCGGCAUCCAGCAUGGGGCAGUUCUCACGUUAGAUCCUCAACUCUCGACCUUAACCGCGGAGUGCCAAAUGGAGAGCCAUAUCCAAAUAGUACUGGAGUGCGCGGCGCGGGUGUCCCCUUUCCCGCUGUAUCGACCCCUGAUCUCAAUUCUUUUGAGUCCUCCGUGCGCACUUCGUCGACCGCUUCAUCUCCCACCAGAAGCGAAUCUCAUAGAGAAGGAGCGCAAACUACAAAUGUACCGUCAUGGUGGGAACUCCUUACCGGUCAACGGGAUAGAGAGAUUUUCGAAGGCUUUGCUGCUGCUGCCAUUGCUGCAGAGGAGAUCAAGGAAGGCGCCAGGGAAGCCAAAAAGGAGCUUGAUAGAGAUAUGAAAAUGAAUGCGACAAUCGGGGCUAUUGAGAAGAUGCCCCGCUUUUGGGUGCUCACUGAUCAUGCGCGAAGACAAGUUGUCCUAGUUCUGCGUGGAACGAUGAGUCUUAACGAACUUGCCGUGGAUCUUACCUGUGAGCCCGUUGAUUUCACACCACGGACUGCGAAGCGCAUUCGGGUGGCGAGCACGGCCUCCAUGAGAUCGCCAUUCACGGUGCACGGGGGCAUGCUCAGGAUGGCUCAAGUGAUGGGGGCCCACGGCAAGCCAGUUCAUACCGCCAUCAAGAAGGCUCUAAGGGCGAAUCGGGGCUAUGAACUUGUUAUGAGUGGGCAUAGUCUCGGUGCUGGGGUUGCCGGAUUGCUUGCUUUGAUGUGGGCUGACCCAACGACGUGCAUGACGAUACCAGCAAGUGGACUACCUGUUGGUCGCAAAGUAUCCGCGUACUGCAUCGCACCUCCGUGCUUCACCUCCGCGGAACUUUCUCGACUCGCAGCGCCAAUGAUCACUUCGUUUGUUUACUCGCACGACGUCGUCUCGCGCCUAUCUCUUGGCUCCAUCAGAGACCUCAGCCGUGCCUGCUGGUGGCUAAGUGACGGAAAAGACGAAGAAAGCUGCUCAAAUAUUAUCAAAAGAAGCUGGGGCUUGGAAGUUAGCACUGGACUCGGAUGGUGGGGCAAAGGGGGAAAGAAGCAGCGAAAGAGGGAGGAAGAGAAAGACUUUUUACUGUCAUUACGCAAGACAUUAGAAGCGAAUAUGCACAUGGCGGAUCUAUACCCAGCUGGAAAUGUGUUUUGGGCGAUUCACGAGAACGAUAUUGAUGCAACUGCCUUGCCAUCGUCUGCGGCCAAUGCCACCGUUGCACAGACAAAGCUGCGACUUUUCAAAGUUGACAAGGUGGAAAUGGUGUUUGACCAGGUCGUCUUCGCGAGGGAUAUGCUGACUUCUCAUAUGCCACAUAACUACGACCGAAUGCUGCACGAGUUCCUGUAA